AUGAUUCUGUCAAUAAUUGGCAUUGCAGUUAGCAUUCGUUCACGACAACAUCGCAUUCAGCCAGUUGUCAGUAGUACACGUCAAGAAAAACAUCAAGCGAAAAAAUUUAAUUUUGUUCAAAAACAAAUGAUUAUGUUGAUGGCUGCCAGUGUUGCUAUUUUUACGUUCACUGCUCUACCCAUUUCCAUCUAUCAAAUAAUUGUGCCAACACUAACAACGUCCAGUUCAAUUGGUCUCGUUAUUCUUCUAACGGCUGUCUUUGAUCUUUUCACAAAACUAAAUUAUUCAACAAGUUUUUAUUUACAUACACUCACAAGUAAGUUGUUCCGAGAAGAAUUUUUCAGAGUUAUUCAUUGUUUCACGAGACGUGUGCAAAUGCAAACAACCGGCGGUGGAGGACAUACGGUCACUGGUUUAAUGUCAAAAACUGGAAAGACAGUCACACGUGCGAAUGCAUUUGAGUUACAAACAAGUCAUGCAAUCGUCAAUUAA